AUGAAGCCACCCCUGCUGCUGCUGCUGCUGGUGGUCACCACAGCUCUCCUCUCUUCCCCAGCUUGGAGCCUGGCCCAGGGAUCCCCAGCCACCUUUGGGCCUGUCUUUGAAGACCAGCCUCUUGGCUUGCUGUUCCCAGAGGAAUCCACAGAGGAGCAGGUGACACUGGCCUGCCGGGCCCGCGCUAGCCCUCCUGCCACCUACAGGUGGAAGAUGAAUGGCACAGAGAUGAAGCUGGAACCAGGUUCCCGUCACCAGUUGGUGGGGGGAAACCUGGUCAUCAUGAACCCUACCAAAGCGCAGGAUGCCGGUGUCUACCAGUGCCUGGCCUCAAACCCUGUGGGCACUGUGGUCAGCAGGGAGGCCAUCCUCCGCUUUGGCUUUCUGCAGGAAUUCUCCAAAGAAGAGCGAGACCCAGUGAAAGCACAUGAAGGCUGGGGGGUGAUGCUGCCCUGUAACCCACCUGCCCACUACCCAGGUUUGUCAUACCGCUGGCUUCUCAAUGAAUUCCCCAACUUCAUCCCAACGGAUGGGCGUCACUUCGUGUCCCAGACCACAGGAAACCUGUACAUAGCCAGGACCAAUGCCUCCGACCUGGGCAACUACUCCUGCCUGGCCACCAGCCACAUGGACUUCUCCACCAAGAGCGUCUUCAGCAAGUUCGCACAACUCAACCUGGCUGCAGAAGAUCCCCGGCUCUUUGCACCCAGCAUCAAGGCCCGUUUCCCUGCAGAGACCUAUGCGCUGGUGGGACAGCAAGUCACCCUGGAAUGCUUUGCCUUUGGAAACCCUGUCCCCAGGAUCAAGUGGCGUAAAGUGGACGGCUCCUUGUCCCCGCAAUGGGCCACCGCCGAGCCCACCCUGCAGAUCCCCAGCGUGAGCUUCGAGGACGAGGGCACCUAUGAGUGUGAGGCAGAGAACUCCAAGGGCCGCGAUACCGUCCAGGGCCGCAUCAUCGUGCAGGCUCAGCCCGAGUGGCUCAAGGUGAUUGCAGACACAGAGGCUGACAUUGGCGCCAACCUGCGUUGGGGCUGCGCGGCCGCUGGCAAGCCCCGGCCCACGGUGCGCUGGCUGCGGAACGGGGAACCCCUGGCCUCACAGAACCGGGUGGAGGUGUUGGCGGGGGACCUGCGGUUCUCCAAGCUGAGCCUGGAAGACUCGGGCAUGUACCAGUGUGUGGCAGAGAACAAGCAUGGCACCAUCUAUGCCAGCGCCGAGCUGGCUGUGCAAGCACUGGCCCCAGACUUCAGGCAAAACCCUGUCCGGCGUUUGAUCCCGGCGGCCCGAGGCGGGGAGAUCAGCAUCGCCUGCCAGCCGCGGGCGGCGCCCAAGGCCACAGUGCUCUGGAGCAAAGGCACCGAGAUUCUGGUCAACAGCAGCAGAGUGACAGUAACUCCAGAUGGCACCUUGAUUAUAAGGAACAUCAGCCGCUCGGACGAAGGCAAAUACACCUGCUUUGCCGAGAACUUCAUGGGCAAGGCCAACAGCACCGGGGUCCUGUCUGUGCGUGAUGCAACCAAGAUCACCUUGGCCCCCUCCAGUGCCGACAUCAACCUGGGAGACAACCUAACUCUACAGUGCCACGCCUCCCACGACCCCACCAUGGACCUCACCUUCACCUGGACCCUGGAUGACUUCCCCAUCGACUUUGAUAAGCCUGGGGGGCAUUAUCGGAGGGCCAGUGUGAAGGAGACUGUGGGUGACCUGACCAUCCUGAAUGCCCAGCUGCGCCAUGGAGGGAAGUACACAUGCAUGGCCCAGACGGUGGUAGACAGCGCAUCCAAAGAGGCCACGGUGCUGGUCCGAGGUCCACCAGGUCCACCCGGAGGAGUGGUGGUGAGGGACAUCGGCGACACUACUGUCCAGCUUAGCUGGAGCCGUGGCUUUGACAAUCACAGCCCCAUUGCCAAGUACACCCUACAAGCGCGCACCUCACCUGCGGGCAAGUGGAAGCAGGUCCGGACUAAUCCGGCCAACAUCGAGGGCAAUGCCGAGACCGCCCAGGUGCUGGGCCUUACGCCCUGGAUGGACUAUGAGUUCCGGGUCUUAGCCAGCAACAUCCUGGGUACCGGCGAGCCCAGUGGGCCCUCCAGCAGAAUCAGGACCAAGGAAGCAGUCCCUUCGGUGGCACCCUCAGGACUCAGCGGAGGAGGUGGAGCCCCUGGAGAGCUCAUCAUCAACUGGACCCCCAUGUCACGGGAGUACCAGAACGGAGAUGGCUUCGGCUACCUGCUGUCCUUCCGCAGGCAGGGCAGCAGCAGCUGGCAGACCGCCCGAGUGCCUGGCGCCGAUGCCCAGUACUUCGUCUACAGCAACGAGAGCAUCCGGCCCUACACGCCCUUCGAGGUCAAGAUCCGCAGCUACAACCAGCGUGGGGAUGGGCCUGAGAGCCUCAUGGCAAUCGUGUACUCUGCUGAGGAAGAGCCAAGGGUGGCCCCUGCCAAGGUCUGGGCCAAGGGGGUCUCAUCCUCAGAGAUGAACGUGACCUGGGAACCUGUGAAGCAGGACGUGAAUGGGAUCCUCCUGGGCUACGAGAUCCGCUACUGGAAAGCUGGAGACAAAGAGGCAGCUGCUGACCGAGUGAGGACAGCAGGGCUAGAGACCAUUGCGUGUGUCACCGGCCUGCACGCCAACACCAAGUACCACGUGACUGUGCGGGCCUACAACCGGGCAGGCACGGGGCCUGCCAGCCCUUCCACCAAUGCAACAACCAUGAAGCCCCCCCCUCAACGACCUCCCAGCAACAUCUCUUGGACUUUCUCAAGCUCCAGUCUUAGCAUCCAGUGGGACCCUGUGGUCGCUCUGCGAAAUGAGUCUGCCGUCACUGGCUACAAGAUGCUGUACCAGAAUGACUUACACCCGACUCCCACGCUGCACCUUACCAGCAAGAACUGGAUAGAAAUCCCCAUGCUGGAAGACAUUGGCCAUGCCCUGGUACAGAUUCGGACCACAGGGCCUGGAGGGGACGGGAUCCCGGCAGAAGUCCACAUCGUGAGGAAUGGAGGUGUUAACUCUUUCCCAGCCUUAUCCCCCAGGGGCACAAGCAUGAUGGUGGAGAAUGCAGCAGGCCACCUGGCCCCACAUCCCGGCGCCAUACUGUCCCACUCUGCGGUGAUGCUCAUCCUCAUAGGCUACCUGCAGCUCUGAUCUCAGAGCCCCUCCCUCCGCAGCACAGCCAGACGCCCACCUCCCAUGGACACAGCCAGCUGGCCCUGGCCCCUUCCUGAUGCCAAGAUGGCCCGACGCUGUGCUGAGAGGGAUUGGCUUGAAAUGUCUGCUUUAAAUUGUACCCUUCUGUUAGAAGCAGGAUAUUUUGUAUUCUGCCACAGGACAGAACCACGCAAGGAUAUCUUCUUUAAAUUGAGGUACUGGGCAGUGGCUUCCAUGAUCAUGCUGAGCCCAAUGCCUGGGCCCCUGGGGGUCCUGGAUUGAAGGAACAGGCCUGUUGGGCAAAGGGGUUUUAUCAUGCAUCUUCAAAGCAGCAAAGACGGCAUUCUGAGACCACAUGUGGCUCUGCUACCUGAAGGUAGAGUCCUGGGCCCAGCAGGACACCAGGCAGGAACAGGUUAAAGAAGUAGGAUGACACAUAAACACCAACCUCCCUCAACUGAGGAGAGGGAAAACCCUGGGACCAUAGCUUCCUCUCCCCCAAGGAGUGGCAUGAUGGGACCUGGCACUGUCCUCCAUGACUCCUAGCACCCCUGCCUGCCCUGGUGGCUGAGAUCCAGCACCUUGGUGCCCAGCGCCAGGAGCACAGGCUCCUCCAGAGUGAAGGAAUGAGACUCCAGGCUGCUGCAGGUGAGAGCUGCAAAGUGUUGAGAGGCUGGGGCCUCUGGUAGAAAGGGGCACCUGACUAGGCCCAAGGCAAAGUCACUGUCCAGGUGACACUGCCCUCCCAGCCAACACUGCCAACCCAACCCUGUCACCCCAAGGGUGACAGAGCCACUUCAGGUGGCUGGGUGACUAAAGGGCUUGUCUUGGGGAACCCCCUCCCACUAAGACCCAUGCUGCACAGCCCCCUCCUUUCUCCAGCUCUGCCUCCACCUCCCUAACCUGCAGACCCAGCCAAUGGCCACCACACAACAUGCGCUCUGUCCUUCCUUGUCCUGACUUGGGAGGCUUUUGAGAAGGCAAGAAAGAACAACACAGCCCUGCCUACUCCCAGGAAUUCCUAGAACCACUGGGUGAGACCCAUUCCUCAAACUUCUUGGACCACUCUUCCACAUUCCCAGAAGAAGCAGAGAUUAAUAAAGGGACAGCCUGCCUUGCUCACGGUGUACUGCCAUUCGCAGAGCACUAGGGGCUGGAAGAGGCCUGAGAGCUCAAUUGGUCACAGCCUGUACUUCACAGAUGACAAAAUAGAGGGCCCAUGAGGGUUAGGGACUCCGCCUCAUCUGGCCCUAGAAGAAUGGAGUCUCCUACCUGCCAGUCUGUGACUGUGUGCCUGCAGAGGGAGGAGGCAGUGCUGUUUGGCCUUGGCCUGGCUGGGAAGGUAGCUGAAGCCACAGGGGCAUGAGCGUUCUCCUUGAGGGUUCAGCUUGGUGACCUGGGGCAUCAGCCUGGCCAGGCCCAGCUCCCAGUGCAGGCGGGCUCUUGGAGACUCCCAGGUCCACUUUGCCUUCUAAGCCUGGCUUCUGGGAACUCAAUGUGCUGCACUGACUUGAAGCCUGGAUCCCCCAGGAUCUCUUGCUGCAGAGAGGCCAAAGCAAGGACAAAGUUCCCAGAUGGAGGCCGCAGUGGCAGAACCAGAAUCCCCAAAGCCUGCAUUGUGACAGCAGGCUACUAAUGAUCAGGAGCAACAGAACGGGCAUCUGCCCCUAGAGCACCCUGAG